AUGAUGAAUAAGCAACAGAUUAAAAUUAAUGUCAGUUCUGAUAAAGAAUAUAGAAAAUUAACAGCUCUAAUAAAUGGGAAUAACUUCAAAUGGAACAGAGACGAGAACAGAGCUACCAGAUCCAUUAAAGUAAUGGUAAGAAAUUUGUACCCGACAACUUCUGCAAAAUAUAUCGCCGAAGAAUUAAAGGAAAGUGAUUUCAAGAUUAAGGAAGUAAUUCAGAAACUUAAGAGAACCACACUCAAUAAUAAAAUUGAAUAUAUUAGUCUGACAUUAUGUAUGCUAGUAUUUAAUCAUACCGAGGAUAUUAACAAAAUUUACAAUAUGCAGCAUCUAAAGUUAAAAUAG